CAAUGCACAUCGAUUGCACACAUCGAUAGCGGCCGUUUGACAGCUGUUUGUUUUUGUAAUUUGCACAGCUAUGAGUGAAGCAAAGAUUUACUUAACACUUUUAAAUGGCACCGGCUAUGUAUUUGAUGUGGAUGAUUACAUGACAUUGCGCACAAAUCAUCGCAUAGUGGGCGCUCCGGUGGGCACCGCAAACUCAAAGGGCUGGUCUGCACAUGAAGCGACACUGCCUGUGGAGUUAACCAAAUACGAAACACAAUUGCUCAUUGAGAAAGGAAUAGCCUUAAUUGUUUGUAAAUCGCAAGCGUUGACGACACCACCCACCCCACAUCAGUUGGAGGCCUAUAAGGCAGCGUUUGAGGCUCGUUUGACGUCACAGGCGGAAACUUUGAAAGCUGAAAAGUUACGCGAGACAGAGCGCCAUUUGGACAAAAUUGUAGCCGGCAAGCGCAACAAGUUGCUGAAGCAGGGAAACGCAGAACAGGCGGCUGCUCUAACGCCUGAACAGGUGCUCCAAGAAAUCGCCGACAACUUUUGUUUUGAGCGGCAGAAUGCCUUGGUGGAGGUGCCCUGCGCUCAUGUGGACAGACACACGGCCCAACUUUAUCAAUGGCCCCAACUGGACACGGUGCAGUAUCGCGUGUUUCGUGAUCUGUGGCAGCGUGGCAAGUUUGUGACAACGGGCGAUGCUUUUGGCGCUGAUUUUCUCAUCUAUCCCAGUGACCCGCUGCUCUAUCAUGCCUCGCACAUUGUCAUCGUCCAGGAGACAUCCUGCAUACGACCGCUGGACUUCAUUGCGAAAGUGCGCCUUUCUGUCACAGUCAACAAGAGCUGUGUUUUUGCCUAUGAGCGAAGCAGCGGUGGAGAAAUAGUGUACCAAACAGUUUCGUGGCACAAUCCAAAAUAAAUGCGAGUGUUCGGUUUUGUUAUCAGCACGACUGGGCGGCUUCAGUACUCAGUCUGCGAGCGAAGAGAUCUGCGAGUAUAAAUAAAUGGCAUAAAUGGCACAUUAAUAAUAGAGCAAUCUCUAAGCCUCUUGCCGGGGAGUCUGCAGCGUUUGUGAGUGCCCCAACACAUAAUUGUGCUCCACAGCUCAGUUUCUGAGAUGCUACAGUUGACAAUCGCUAUAAAUAUCGACUGCAAAAUGUGUAUUCGUUGUGAUUCUGGAACUCAAAGGAACAUUAGAUUCCGAAUUUCUUGAAAUAAAAAUAAUAAAUAAAAUGUAUGAAAGCAA